UUCCUGUCGAGGUGUUAUUCGGUGUUUUCCGUCGUCUACUGUCGAUUUCCGUGUGCAUUCGGUGACGUUAGUCCAAUACCAGGAAUCUGUAAUGCCUUCUAAUGCUUUCUACAUCUCUAUGAACUGACUUACAGUCUGUAAAUGUGGAAUAACUGCCCGAAAAAGGACUGUGAACUGACAAAUACCACUUGACUGCCUGCCAGUCGUCCUCACUGGUAGUAUCGGUCUACGACUGUAGGUGUUGUUGCACGGGAUUAAGGACGUGCAAUGUUUUUCUGCCCAAGAGUAAAGGCGAAUCAUGAAAAAGGAUAAUUCUCGUUCAUAUUCCAGAUUCUGUUGCUGAAAAGAUGGACUUCUUCUCAGCUGAAAGAGAAAUUCCCUUCAGAUAUACUUUCAGUUUCGUGAAGUGUUUGAAAACAUUGGCAACGCUGACUUCGACCAGGCGACGAAUAUCCUUUCGCUAUGGCCGAAAGUCAGCCAUCGCAAGACCAGGAAGACCUUCUGAGUAGAAGUGGGUCUUCACUGGACCUCGACCAAGAAGGAACUCAGCAAGAUGAGCCCCCGCCGGAAGAAGCGAAAGGCGCCUCCCUUUCAGAACCUUCGGAGGACUCUCACCCUCUUCAGGAGGAAGACCCAGAGGAACAGAAUCAACACAGUCUCUCUGACGAAGACGAGGGCCAAAGUAUUCAUGUCCAAGACAUGAAAAGAUCGAACUCCAUCCCGGGCCAAACUUCUGACGAGGAGGAACCUCCGCCAUCUUACAGUCAGCUCCUGCAGAGUCACCAGCUACUACCCUGGCCGCAGUACCAGCAGAACCACCAAGGUCAGAACGACUACCAGCUGCUCAAUGAGCACCUGAGGUCACACAGGCAACAUCCGUUGCAACGGCUUCGCGGCCAACAGCAUCAGCAGCAGCAGCAGCAGCAGCGUUCGAACAGAGGCUCUGAAGAACGCUGCGUCCUAACCCCACCUGCCCACCAGUUGUCAGAACUGCCCCUCUUCAGAGUUCUUGAGCAUCCCAGCAGACAACUGCCGGCAAGAGGAUUGCCCACUCUUGUUCAGAGUCCCGUCGAUGGUCUGGAGCGGACCUGCAGAACUGCUACAGUGAAGUUGGUAUGCCUAGGCCUAGUCUACGGCAUAGCGACGGUCAUAGCUUUGAACGUGGUUGCCUUAUAUUUCAACGACUACGAGGGCGGAUUUUAUCCGCUCCUAGCCAUUCUGGUGUUCAGCUCAUUCCUAGGAAUCCUGACGGCGCUCAGACUCUUCUUCUCUCGCGCCAGCCACCGCCACCGGUUCACGCCUCUGGAGAACGCCGGCAACCUCCACCCGGGACCCAUAACGGACGUCUCCUCCACUUAUCGGCGUUCAAUGGAAAGCGACGGCGCCCUACCGCCAACGGGCGACGGUCCUUACCCUCAGACUCUGGGAAUGCCAGCUUCUUCUUCCUCCUACUCUUCCUCCUCCUCAACUUCCCAGAAUCCCAGGUAUCCACAGGAAGACAAGCCUCCUGCUUACACGGAUAUAUUUCCGGAUUCCUAAAAGCGUCUCUCGCUCUGGUUAAAGGCCCUCUGCACAGGUGAUCGUCGUUUUGUGUGUUUGUGUGUAAGUUAAGGUUGGAGUCCUUCACAAUAUAAAGAUAUUUUUUAAUGAUCUUCUAAAGCAAUACCUUUCUCUUAAUGAGAUGCUCUCUGGCUGUGUUACUC